CGCGGACGGAAGCGGAGCGCUCUGAGGGCAGGGCCGAGCGGCGUCCCCCGGCAGGAAACAUGUCGGCGGGCCGGCCGUUCCGCGGGUUGAGGCAGAGGUGCAGAGAAGGAAACAGUUAACCCAUCAGUCAGUGGAACGCAGAGCAAUCAUCUCCAAGUGCUACAAACCGAAACACCCAGAGGUGUACACGCUGCAGGCAGGAUUCCUGGUGUUCCAGCCAGGAAAGGCUCUUUCCUGCCGUGUUUGUGAUAAAUCUGACCAGUUACUCCUAAAAAAACCCAUGAACUAAAGCAAGCAGCAACUCCCCUGCCCCACCAGGAUUCCUUCCUGGCCCCAGAGUUUCUGGAAAUCGAGAGGUUCUGCACAUCUCCAGCUGCUGAUCUCCAAGGCCUCCUGAGCUACCUCGAGUCCUUCUCAGAUAAGAGGAUCUAUCGACUCCCAGUGUUCACAGAGCAGUUCUGCCAGGCCCUGGUGGAUGAGCUGGAGAACUUUGAGCAGUCGGAUAUGCCCAAAGGCAGGCCCAACACCAUGAACAACUACGGGGUUUUGCUGAACGAGCUGGGCAUGGACGAGCCUUUCCUGACGCCGCUGCGGGAGCGGCUCCUGCCCAUCACGGCCCUGCUGUACCCGGAGCUGGGCGGGGCCUGCCUGGACAGCCACAAAGCCUUCGUGGUCAAGUACUCCCUGCACGAGGACCUGGACCUGAGCUCUCACUACGACAACGCUGAAGUCACCUUGAACGUUUCCCUGGGAAAAGAAUUCACAGAAGGAAACUUAUACUUUGGGGAUUUCAACCAGGAUCCCAGCCCCGUGCCCAAGUACAUCGAGGUGGAGCAUGUGGUGAGCCGGGGGCUGCUGCACCGGGGCGGGCAGAUCCACGGGGCCCUGCCCAUCGGCUCGGGGGAGCGCUGGAACCUCAUCGUGUGGAUGAGAUCCUCGGCGGUGCGGAACCAGCUGUGCCCCAUGUGCCACAGGAAACCCCAGCUGGUGGAGGCUGAGGGCUUCGGGGACGGCUUCACAGAGCCCCAAGUGCAGGAGGAGCUGCCCCAGCCCGUCAGUGCUACCUUGGGGUAGCAGGGGGGGAUUUCCCCUGCUGAGCUGCCCAGAGCUCCUUUCUGAGCUCCCAGGCUGCACGGGUCCUGCAAGGAGCAGCUCUGCAAAGCCAGCCCUGCCAGGAUUCCAGCUGGAAGAGCUGGAACGGCUCCUGAGGGCUCAGGCUGGGGCUGGAGGACUCUGUAAGGCACAGAAACCCCAACUCUGAUCCUCUGCAGGAGCUCUGUCGGUAUUUCCACGUGCACAAGGAAAACAGCCAAAGCGCCUUGGCCUCUCUGCCAACAGCAGCACCCCAGGUCCCACUGGAAACGGGCAAGGAUGGUACAAUAAACCAUUUCUCUGCGUU